AUGGUACACCAUUUUACAAAAUUUCUGGAAAAAAAAAUCGAACAAGAAGAAGAAUUGAAGAUGUUUCCAGAAGAGAUCAUAGCAGAGAUAUUCUCAUGGCUACCUGCUAAAUCCAUUGGUCGAUUUCGAUGCGCGUCUAAGCCAUGGAAAUCUCUUCUAUCCCAACCCCAGUUCAUCAAAACCCAUUUAGAUCGAACCAAACAUCGCCCAAUUGUAGAAGAAUCACUCAUUCUUUUAUCCCCUGAAUCUGGUUCACUCUAUUCUACCCAGUUGAAUAAUGCCCACCACCUGCUCGACGAAAUUACCCUUUUUGCUAAAAAACUCACUUUUGAUGAUCAUCGUUUUACUUUCUUCUAUCAUCGAUUGGUUUCUUGUGAUGGGUUGAUCUUAGUUUCUAAUGAUGACAAAAAAUUGCUGCUAAUUAAUCCAACUACAAGAGAGAUUAAGGAAAUGCCGAGUUUGAGCUUGCCUUUUGAUCUUAAACCUCUUUCUUUUGGACUUGGUUAUGAUUCAGUUAAUGAUGAUUAUAAGGUAGUUUUGAUUUCUUGUAUUGAAAAAACCUUUGAUGCUCAGAUGUUUGUUCAUGUUUAUUCUGUUAGAAAUGGUACUUGGAAGAGAGUUGAUGAUUCACCGUUCAAACAUUUCCCAUUCGAGGACACCUCUGCUGUUUUUGUUGAUGGGUUUAUCCAUUGGGUUGCUAUGAGCUCUGAUCGCUCAUUCGUUAUUGCAGCAUUUGAUUUGGUGGAUGAGAAGUUUUACGAAGUACCGCUUUCGAGUUUGGCUGAUACUGACAAGGUUGACAGUGAGGAGUCUGAAUCAGAUUAUUCUGAAGUUUCUGAUUCUGAUAACACUGAUGAAGAGUUUAUGUUUGAUGACCUUGUCGUACUUGGAGGGUGUCUUUGUGCUUUUCCUUUAUGUAUUUCUGAUACAUGUCAUAACUUAUUUGUUGCAAUGAUGAAAGAAUAUGGUGCCGAGGAAUCAUGGACUAAAAUCCCAAUCAAGUACUCUGAUUCCGAGAUUAGGCCUUUGUGUUUGUUGGGGAAGGAACAAAUGGUGAUGAUGAUUUGUAGGAGAAUUAAUGAGGUAUUGGUGGUGUACAAUAUGAAAGAAGCGACUUUAAAGGAUAUAGUAGUUCAUGGCUUUCCCGGUAAGAUUGGUGUUGGAGGGAGCUACUUUGAGAGCCUUGUCUCGCCUCAUUGCAGUAAUGAAGCUGUGACUACUCUGUGAGAGAAGGUUAGGCUGUUCUUACUACGGAGCACGUACAUGGCAGUUAAGUAGUAUGUACCUCUUGUUUAAGUUAUAUUACAGUGUAUUUCCUUCAUGAUUGUGGAAUUUCUUGUUGCCAUGUUUCUAUGUUAUAUGUAUGACAGUAAUUUCAUUGCUUAUGAGAACCUUGCCUGAAUAAAAUGAAAUCUGGAUUCAUAA